AUGAGCGGCCAGAGCCCGUCUGAGAAAGCGGCGGCAGGCCCGGGGCCGACCGCGGUCUUGGGUAAUAAGAGCGGCGGGGGCGGCGGCGCGUCGUCUCGGGCUGGGGCGGGGGCCGGGGCGGCCGUGACGGCGGCGGCCUCGGCCCCGGCCCCGGCCCUGAGCUGCCAGGAGAACUACGCGUGCAGCGGCUCGGAGGCGGCCUUCGAGUGCGACGAGUGCGGGAGCCUGCAGUGCGCCCGCUGCGAGGAGGAGCUGCACCGGCAGCCGCGCUUCACGGAGCACGAGAGGAGCCGCAUCCAGCCCGGCCACGUCCCGUACUGCGACCAGUGCAACCGAGCGGGCCCCGCCGCCACCGCCACUGCCGCCGCCACAGCCGCCGCCGCCGCCGCCGCCGGGCUUCAGGCCAACAGCCACAGCAGACAGAGGGCAGCGGUCCGCUGCGAGAGCUGCAAACUCAACCUGUGCGCCGAGUGUCAGCGCAGGAACCACUCCAACAAGCGCAAGCACCCGGUCACCGGCUACCCGCAGCCCCGGGCCAACGGCCUGGAGGAUCCCGAGCAGCGGGAGGCCGAGCAGGUCAGCCUCAGGAACAAGAGGCUCACCCAAAGCGUCAGGAGCUUCCUGCUGGUGGACGAGAACGAGGAGAUCCAGGUAGAAGAUGAAGAAGAAUUCAUCCGGAACCUGGAUUGCAAACCAGAUAAGAAUCUCAAGGUUGUUUCUAUAUUUGGUAACACGGGUGAUGGCAAGUCUCAUACCCUCAACCACACCUUCUUCUACGGUCGUGAAGUUUUCAAGACCUGCCCGACCCAGGAAUCGUGCACGGUUGGAGUGUGGGCAGCCUAUGAUCCAGUUCAUCAAGUUGUUGUCAUAGACACUGAGGGCUUGUUAGGAGCUACUGUGAACCUAAGUCAAAGAACACGAUUGCUACUUAAAGUGCUUGCUAUAUCAGAUACAAUUAUUUACAGAACUCGUGCUGACAGAUUACACAAUGACCUCUUCAAGUUUCUUGGCGAUGCAUCUGAAGCUUACCUUAAACAUUUCACUAAAGAGUUGAAAGCUACCACUGCCCGAUGUGGAUUGGAUGUUCCUUUAUCUACGCUGGGGCCGUCGGUCAUAAUCUUUCACGAGACUGUUCAUACUAAGUUAUUGGGAUCUGACAGACCUUCGGAGAUGCCAGAAAAACUACUGCAGGAACGAUUCCGCAAGUUGGACCGGUUUCCCGAAGCCUUCUGUUCCAUCCAGUACAAGGGAACCAGAACAUAUAACCCCCCAACUGACUUCUCAGGACUCUUACAGACCAUCGAACACCAUCUGAAUAACAAUACAACCCGUUCUCCCAGGCCUCCGGGAAUCAUUUUCAAGGCUUUGAAAGCUUUGAGUGAACGUUUCAGUGGAGAAAUCGCAGAUGACCAAAUGGCUCACAGCUCCUUCUUCCCUGAUGAAUAUUUCACUUGCUCUUGUUUGUGCCUCAGUUGUGGAAACGGGUGUAAGAACAGCAUGAAUCACGCAAAGGAUGGCAUUCCUCACGAGUCUCCGAGCCGCUGCAGCUACUCGCACCAGUACGAUAACAGAGUGUAUACCUGCAAGGCCUGUUACGAGCGAGGGAAAGAGGUAAUUGUAGUGCCUAAAACAUCUGCUUCCACUGAUUCUCCAUGGUUGGGUCUCGCCAGAUAUGCCUGGUCAGGGUAUGUGAUUGAAUGCCCAAACUGUGGGAUCAUUUAUCGCAGUCGGCAGUACUGGUUUGGGAACCAGGAUCCGGUGGACACAGUUGUGAGAACAGAGAUUGAACACGUUUGGUCUGGAGCCGACGGGUUUCUGAAGGACAACAACAAUGCCGCACAGCGUUUACUGGACGGGGUGAAUUUCAUGGCGCAAUCGGUUUCAGAUUUCAGUGCAAAACCCACCAAAGCGGUUACAGCAUGGCUCACAGAUCAGAUCGCUCCGGCCUACUGGAGGCCAAACUCUCAGAUUAUUAAUUGUCAGAAAUGUAAUAAGCCGUUUGAAGAGCAGGAAACAAAACAUCACUGCAGAGCUUGUGGGGAAGGCUUCUGUGAUGUGUGCUCUUCAAAAUCCAAGCCUGUUCCUGAACGAGGCUGGGGAGUGGCUCCAGUUCGUGUGUGUGAUGGGUGCUUUGAAGGUGGAAGAAUCAGAACCGGUAAUCUGGAAAUCGUAGAGGAAGACGGUGAUGAAAGCAGCACACUAAUAGCCCGAAAGGUUGGGGAAGCUGUGCAGAACACUCUCGGAGCCGUUGUCACAGCCAUAGACUUCCCAUUAGGUCUGGUGAAAGAUGCUGCCAGGCCUACAUACUGGGUGCCAGACCAUGAGAUUGCAGCUUGCUGCCAAUGUCGGAAAGAGUUUACACCAAAAAUGUCCAAGCAUCACUGCCGAGCCUGCGGGCAGGGCUUCUGCAAUGAAUGUUCUCAGGAGAGGAGAAGUGUCCCUUCACGUGGCUGGGACCACCCUGUACGAGUGUGUAUAAACUGUAACAAAAAGACAGGCGAUCUUUGAGUAGCGCAAUGGUUGUAAAGGGCAACGCCCGACUAACAUUGAACUUUAAUCCUAAUUAUUCUUUGUUUUUAUUUAUUACCACAUAUGCAUGACGUUUUGAAAAGCAUAAUAGACCUGUUAAAAAAAAUGAUUUUAAAUCUGUCAUGAAAACCUCCCGUGGGGUAUAUUUUUAAAAUAAAAUCGGGAUGCUGUACUAACAGGGUUAAAUUAGGAGCUGGGGGUUCUAGGGUUACAUCUAUGUUUAUUGUGCUUUUUUUAAAAAGGCGGUUGGAUUAAAAAUUUGCCUUCAGUUAUCUCAUGAAAUCAUAGCUGUCUCCCCUCUCACCAGAACGCACCUAUAUUCUGUAUGUGUAAAUGGGUGAUAGACUGCCGUGGAUGAGGCAGUGCGGUUUGGGAGGGAGUGGCAGACUGUAUUGAACUCCAUAUGUCCCACACAGAUAAAUAUGGAAGUUGGGGAUUGUAUUCAGGUCAAGAAUAUAUUUGUUAAAUUAUGAAAUGUUAGCUCCUUUUAGACUUCACAUAGGAUCGGCUAAUUUUCAAUCCUGUCAGUUAAUGAGUACAGUUUAGGACAUGAUAUAAAUAGGCACUUUUUUAAAAAAAAAGAUUAAAAAAAUUCAACAGGAAGGAAAAGGGCUUGCACCACUGUUUUAGCCAACAAAAAUCAUGAUUUUUUUCUCAUAAAAUGCCUCCAUUGGAAUAAAAGCUGUCCACACAUUACUAUAGCAACUGUACAGCUCUGUUUAUUAAAAACAAUGUACAUUCACAGUUAAUGAUUUAUGCAAAUAAAAUGGUGGUUGCCCAUACCGUUGCUUCCCAUUAAUAUGGAAGUCUUCUUGAGUUAUUGAAACGGUGCGUGGGAUUUUACAACUGGCCUCUGGUACAUCAAAGGAUGUACGUUUGGUGUUGGCUGUUGACUUUGGCUUGUAGCCCAUGUAGAUCAGUAUUUGAAUUUAAUUAUUAACAAAAUUUAAAAACUAGAAGUCAAUAUAAAUCUAUAUUCAGGAUAUCUAUGCUUGUUGUAGAUCAUAACUCUUAGUGGAGGUUUUUGGGAUCAAGGCCAGAUUUUGAAAUUUGGCCAAAGUCCUAAAUGCACAACUAAAUAAUCUUAUAAGAGUCCCUUUUAUCCAUUUCACCAUGUGAGAUUUUUAAAAAUGCAUUUGUGUCAGGAUGCAAACUAUGUGUUUAGUUAAAUUAUUUGAUCAGAUGACUCUGUUGGUAAAGAUGCUGCAUGAUAUAAGCACUGAAAUAUCGACCAAGAAGGUUGUGGUGCUGUCUCUAAUGCAGAGUUAACUGACUUCAGCUGGAAAUGCCAGGUUGUUAUAUAGUGCAAUAAUGUGUUUCAAGUGCCCCUGAGCUCAGAAGGAAGAAAAAGUCAGCUUGGAUUCCUGGUGCUAUUCAGUGGUCCUCUGGCUCGAAACUGUGUGUAUGUAAAUGUUAGGUGUUGACAGGACCUAGCUUAACCUCUCCCACCCCACCCCAGCCCCCCUCAUGAUCUUAUUACCUUUCUGCCCUCCUUGCCUAUGCUCACUUGGCGAAUUGUCACUUGGCAUCUCUGGUGCUUGUAAAACUUCCAGCAUGAGGAGGGGUGGUUAAUAUAGGAAAGGAGCUGAGAAAUUUGGGAGCCUAUUCUUGCUCUCAUAGUAUGUGCAAAAACCACCCCAUUUUGUAGAGCUUUAAAGAUCUUUCCCUUCCGAGUCCAUUGUUUUCCUGUUGGGAGAACACUGAUGGCUGUUAACUGUUUAUAAUUCUGAUACAAAAUUAAGUGGAAGAUGGCAGUGAAUUCUAUUCAAUAAAUUAGAUGGUGAUGUUCAUAGCAUGUGAACUUUUUUUCCUAGAAAAAAUAGACAUUUGAUCCAUUGGGACUCGGGUUGCCUUUUAAUGCUAUUUGGCUUUUUUUUACAGCAAAGCAAUGAGAUUGGCAACUGACUGUGUUGGCUUAUGCCAAAACAAUCAUCUGUUUUAAAAAUCCAUAUUAUGAUUUCAUGAAGGUAGCUGUUACCCUUCAUUUGAAAAGUAACUGCAGCAGUUGAAUAGAUGACUGUGUUCAACUAAUAUCUUGGUUUGUUGUUAUCUGCUUCCCCACAACUAUAGAAGUUGGUACUGUGUUCUUCCCUCAGCUUGAUUAGAAAAUGCAUCGACAUUGAAGCUAAGUUGCUUUGAAGUGACUUCAUAGUAUUAAAAUUUAUUUUUAAUCGUAGGGUAAGAUAAGCGAAGAACCAGACAAUGUACGAGUGUGUUUAACAUGGGAAGAAUUUUGAUUCACAUUGCAUGGGGCUUUGACUGAAACCUCUUCAUCCGAUUUAAUGUCUUAAUGACAUUCCUUGUACAGAUGUCCAGUACAGUGUGUACUUCAUUAUAUUGCUAACUUGUUAUGAAGUUUUAACCCAACUUGUAGAUUUGUUAAGUGUUGAAUGGAACACUGCUUCGUAGUUGUCAAGGAGAGAAUAAAACCGUUCUCUCUCUCUUUCCCCCCCUCCCCCCCCACACAC